UAGUACCAGUAUGCGCAUUGGUAAAAAUUUUCCAUAACAAUAAUAACUAUUUAAUUGAUUUUGUAUGCAUAUUUAAUGGGCAGCAAUAAUAUUAUAUAUUAUAAAUAGCCUCUGAUCGAACAUUUGGGUAUUAGUUUUCAAUAAAACACCAAAAGUCCAACAUGUCCGUUAAGCAGAACUUGUUGCUGUUCAUUUUGAUGCUGUAUUUUAUUAAAGAAAUCUCAUCCAAAUUUGAGUUCACCAACGUCAAGUGCAAAUGUGUGGAUGAGGAUUACUGCAGCAUGGAUUAUUGCUAUCUGAAGUCGAUAAAUCGUACCUACAAAUAUGCGUCCGGCAGGUUGCGCUUGCUAAAACCUCCCCUUACCAAUGUCCAGCUAAAUUGUGGUUUGUAUAAACGGUUCAGUGGAUAUAAACCAUUUCUCUACAAUUUCACUGUGGAUGGCUGUAAAUUCCUCAAUAAUCCCCGUCAUAGUCCGGUGGCUAAUUACUUUUUUGGCAUUAUUGGAACGAACCACAAUUUGAACCAUUCAUGUCCCUACAAUGGGGAAAUUUUUAUCGAUCAGGUGCCUAUCAACCUUGUGAACAGUCAUUUAACAGCGACUCUGCCCUUUCCGGAAGGUGAUUACCUUUUCCAAACACACGGAAUUGUUGAUGGCAUCAUUCGAAGUGUUUUUCAGGUCUACGGAACUCUAAGCUAAUUAAUAUUUUUUUGAGCUAUAUAAAAAAACUAUGUUAAAAUGUCGCAAAAUAUCUAUAUUUGUAGUUCUGAUCAUAUUUCUAUGUAUUAAAACUCUGCAAAAAAAAGGCAACCGGAAUUAAGGGCAAGCCAUGUUAU